ACGUAAUAGAAACUGAUGACAUCAUCCUUCUGCGACCGACAUCUUUGCGCCAUCAACAAACCUUGUUACUUUGUAUUCCAUGCCACAGUAUAUUAAAUUUCAUAUUUUUAUUUUUUAGCGCGAUGUAUGGUCCAUUUUGCAUAGGAUAAUAUUAACUGACAACAGCCUGGUAGAGUAUAUACACAUGUUUCAUUCACAGUAAGUGCAUAGUGGAAUUAGCCAGCCGUGUGUUAUGCUAGUCAGCGCUAGCGGUAAAGUACUCGUAUGCAGCUAAAGAGCGAUUAUGUGCUAAUAGGUAUCUGAGUGAUUAUCAUUUCCAUCAAGAAAUCAGUGGCCGAAAGAGACAUGUCGGCGCAAGCAGACUGUGAGUUUUUGGUGAAAAAAGCUCGGGAGCUGGUUUCUGAGGACCCCUGGGCAGCCAAAGCCUGGCUCAUCACGGCUCGCACCCUCUACCCGUCAGAUUUCAACAUACAGUAUGAAAUGUAUACCAUCGAACGGAACGCGGAGAGAACCGCGUCUGCCGGCAGGCUGCUCUAUGACAUGUUUGUUAACUUCCCGGAUCAGCCUGUGGUGUGGAGGGAGAUAACUGUCAUCACCGCAGCGCUGCGCAAUGACUGCCAGGACAAGCAUGCGCAGUUCCUGCGGGGCCUGUUUGAGACGCUGCCUGGCCGCGUGCAGUGCGAGAUGCUCCUCAAGGCCACCGAGCAGUGCUUCAACACGGUGGAGAAGGCCGAGAUGCUGCUGCUGUUGCUGAGGCGCUUCCCUGAAUCCGUGGUGCAGCACGGAGUGAGCUUAGGGGAGACGCUGCUGGAAGCCGAGGGCAUCGAAGACUUGGACACGCCGGUCAACUGCUUCAGGAAGCUCUUUGUGUGUGAUGUCCUGCCCCUGAUCAUCAACACUCCCGACAUGCGGCUGCCCCCCAACCUGCUCUACAAGUACAUGCACAAGGCGGCCGAGUUCUACAUCGGCUACGUCACACGGGGGCCCUCCGCCGACGGCCAGCUGCAGGGAUCCCAGGAGGGUAUGGGCCUCAAGUCCCCCGGCGCAGCCAGAGGCUCGCAGCGCUACGUGAUCGACGGCCUGACGGAGAAGUCCUCCCUGGUGUCGGACCCGUGGGAGCGCCUGCUGGACAUCUUGGCCGUGGUGGGGGCCCGCUGCGAGUGGCAGGGGGACAAGGGCAGCAGGAGCUACCCGGAGAUCCUGCAGCGCAUGAAGAAGCUGUGCCGCUACCUGCCCGGCCUGGAGGGGGAGACUCUGUCCAGGUGCCGCAGCCAGGUGGUCAUCUGUGCCGCCCUGGUGCUCUUCCGGAGCGCCUACCUCUACGUCAGCACUGUGCAGCCCUCGCUUUUCCAGGGCCUCAGCUCCCCUGGGACAAUGCCCUGGAUCCUGCUGGAGGACCUGUCCUCUGUGUACAGUGAAGUGGACCUGGAGCGGAGCACCAAACAUGCCCACAAGAAGUGCAAAUUAGCCGAUGGCCGUGAAAAACCCAUGAGCUCGGAUGACGAGGACGGCCUGGGAAAAGGGCGUGGGCGGCACAUCGUGGUGAACAAGGCGGACAUGCCGGGCUGGGCGGAGACGCUGGACAGCUUCCGGACCGCCAGGGAAAGCUGGGAUCUGCUGCAUUCACAUGAGGCCUUGGAGUCAGAGUUCAAUAAAAUCUGUUCCUCCUGGAAGACCGAGACUUGGCUCUGGCUCAGGAUCUUCCUCACAGACAUGAUUAUCUACCAGGGGCAGUACAGGAAGGCUUUAAGCAGCCUGCAUCAGAUGGCCUCCUUCCAGGCCCCACAGCAAGGGCCUAUGUCCCCCCAAGGCAGCCUGGAGCACCAGCGGGCCCUCAUCCAGCUCGCCUCCUGUCACUAUGCCCUUGGGGAGUACCGGAUGGCUUGUGAGAAACUGCUGGACGUGGUCAGUGUACUUGUGCCUCAAACCCAGGACCCGUGCAGGACCCCCGAGGAUCAAACCCGGGUCAGGGGCAAGUUUCGGAAGGGCAACGACCUGCGGCUUCUGUCAUGCACUGGCAAAGCUAUCAUGCCGUUCUGCCUGCAGCUGAUGUUGGCCUGCUUCAAGCUGCGAGCCUUUACAGACAGCAGGGACGACCUAGCGCUCGGUCACGUGAUUGUUCUCCUGCAACAUGAUUGGCCGCUCGGGGAAGGCUUGUUCCUCAAGGCAGUCGACAAGAUCUGCCAGCAGGGGAGCUUCCAGUAUGAGAAUUUCUUCAACUAUGUCACCAACAUCGACAUGCUGGAGGAGUUUGCCUACCUGCGCACCAACGAGGGGGGUAGGAUCCAGCUGGAGCUGCUGCCAAAUCAGGGGAUGCUCAUAAAGAACCCCAGCUCUGCCCUGGGGCUGGUAUCCCAGGAUUUUAGUACCCUGCUGCUUCCAGGGGCACAGACCGCCGAAAGGCACCACACAGUCACCCGGGGCAUCACCAAGGGCGUGAAGGAGGACUUCCGCCUGGCCAUGGAGAGGCAGGUGUCUCGCUGCGGCGAGAACCUCAUGUCUGUGCUACACCGUUUCUGCAUCAACGAGAAGAUCAUCUUGAUCCAGUCACUGCCUUGACCCCAGAACCUGCCUGGAUGACCUAACUAACUCAGUUCUGGAUGGUCCAGUGAGACAUGGGUCCAGCCCACAACUCUGUGGUGUUAAUAAGUACCACCUUUGUGCAAAGGACUGCAGUAUUCUAAGGGAAACAUUGGUGUUAAUCAUGCACACCAUUAUAUAUUUACUGGGCCAGUAACAUCAUCUGGACUAUAUACCAGUAAAGUCCGAUGUGUUUGCCUUAAUCUUAAUUGUUGAAUGAUCAAAAUAAGAACAAGGCAUAUAUUUUUCACACCCAAACGUUUUGCAUUUAUGAUUAAAUAUGCUUCCAUCUACUUUUUUGCAUAUAUUGUUUUGUGUAUUUUUCGGGGGGGAAAAAGUGAGGCUCAUUUGCGAUGUAUGAGGUCCGUUUUGAUAUUAAGUGUUUUGUACUUAUGUGGUUUGUAAGGUCACUGCAUUCGGAAGCUGCAGUUUUAUUUAUUUUACUUUUUCUCUUGUGGUUAGAAUGAUAAAAUAUAAAAAUGCAUUAAAUCACAAACUGCCUUCUGUUA